AUGAAUUUUUCUUCCCAAGAAAAAACCCACAGCUCCUUCGACCUGCUGGCAGCCCUCUCCAUCGAUUUCGAGGACUCCCUGGCCCUCAAAGCGGGCUUUGCCCCCUCCCCUCCACCAGACCAACCACUCCCACCAAUUCCACGAAAAUCAAAAUCACUUUCCCCAGUUGUCCGCAAAGAUCAAACUCAGAAUCCCACAUCGAAUCCAGCCCUCGUGAACCACGCAUCAAAAUCAAGUACUGCGAGUUUAAAGCGUCCCGGGACCAUCAGAGGCACACAGCCACCGACCGGCGCAAAGAAAGAGGUCAAGAUGGCGCCUCAAGCCAUGCCAACACAGGCGCAAACGCAAUGCCUGGAGCUGUGCCAGAAGACAACCCACUGCAUCGAUGUUGUCGCAGUCCACAUCCUCGAGUACAUGACAGCCCACACGAAGCCGCCAGCAUCGUUCGUGCAGCUUUCCCACGACUUCCUCUCGACUUGCGAGAUACUGUAUUCGCUCGAAGCCGGACUCAGAUCAUUCAAUUCGGCAAAUCCCAAAUUGCAGCGGCUACCAAAGGAGCUCUUGGCCGAACUUGAGAUGAAGUUUCGUGUCACCCAGUCUGACUUCAAUUUGAUAGAUGCUCUGAUACAGAAGAUGACGCGGAAGAAAGGGAUGUCGAAGUGGGGGAGGAUGUUUGGAGAUAUCGAGGGGGACAUUUGUAAGGUCGCCACGGCGUUGAAGAGGACGCGGGAGAGCUUGAAGAUAAGUAGCAUGGUUAUUACUUGGAAUCAGAAUUCCAGCGGCGACCACAGCGUGCCACGACAGGACCGCGGCUUUGGGUACACUGGAUUGGCGACGGCGCUGGAUCGAUCCGCAGUCGAGAAAGGGCAAGUAAAGAAGGACGAAAGCAGACAGAAUGAGAGGAGAGAGGAGAGGAGAGAGGAGGAGAGGGAGGAGUUGGAGAUGGAGGCGGCUCCGUCCAUUCUUGCUCAACACGCGCUACCAGCGCCAUUGCGACUUCAGAAAAACGAGCCUCAGUCUUCUUACCCGCCCAUGCCCUCUCUUCCCGGGCCACAACAACAAAGCCAAGCACGCAGCCUGUAUAGCGAGACAAGUAACAACCAAACUUUUCACCGGCCCCAAACACAGUCGGACCGCCAUACACCAUCACAGGCGGGCUGGGUAGGCGUCCGCCGAACCUCAUCCAGCGUUCAUGAUGGCUCUACUGGACGCGUCUCGACAACUCACGAUUUGCACCACACUCGUCCACCUAUUUCCUACCACUCAGACCCCUCGCACGACAGCGCCUACCUGACGAGCUCCACCCUCUCGAGCGUUGAUCCUUUCCUGCAGGACGAAAGACGGAGUAUCGCGGAUGAUGCUCUAUCGAUGACGAGCCACACGCCGUCAAUCUUCCACGAUGAUAUGGCCGGCCUGGAGCUGGACCCAAGCAAGGUUGUGAGAUACAGUGUUGAUCCCUCAAGCAUGCCGAGAGUAUUCCCAUCACCUUCAUCAGAAGGGGACAACGCCAACAUGAAGGAGGCCCUCGUGACUGCGAUCCGGGGCAGAAAUCAUAGGAUCGUCGAACAGCUCCUGCACCGCGGCGUCUCUGCAGCCGCCAACCAAAAAAGGCACCCGCUCAUCGAAGCCAUCUUCGCUCACGACGAGGAGAGCAUCCGCCUGCUCUUGCUGGUUGGGGCUGAGGCCAACGAAGCCGGCCGUGACGGCUUGACACCGCUAUUGGCUUGCGUCGAGAAGUCCUUCCUCCCCGGUGCAACGAUGCUGCUCAAAUAUGGCGCCAACCCCAACUUGAGUGCCCGCUACGGCGAGAAUCAGGAGUCGCCUCUGGCCGUCGCCGUCACGGCUAACAUGGCCAACAUGACCCAACUUCUCCUCCAAUACAACGGUGAUGCCAAUUCCGUCACCAGCAAAGGCACACCGAUACUCACGGCAGCCAUCAAACAGAAGACGCAUCGGAAGUUCAUCGAGCUGCUUCUGGCAUACGGGGCGAACCCGAAUGCCAAGUCCCGCGAAGGCAAGGUUGCCCUCUUUGAGGCGAUUAUGUUUGGCCGAGCAGACAUCACCUCGGCGCUCCUCGAGGGCGGCGCCGAUGCAAACCUGCCUGGGCCAAAACACAUGCUCUGGCCUUCCAUCCACUACCCAGCCUGUCUUGCUGCCCUGCUCGCACACGGGGCCAACCACCGGCACGCACCGGGUAUCAUGGAACUGGCUGUCGGUACCAACAAUAUCGAAGUCGUCCGAACGCUCCUCAGCGCAGGCGUCGACCCCGACACGAAGAAAGACGGUAUCUUUACUCCCCUCUGCUCCUCCAUCCGGGACGAUCGAGAUGAGUUGGUCGACUUGCUCUUGAGCAAUGGCGCCGAUCCCAACAUUCCCGCUGCAGAGUAUCCCACGUUCACAUGCGUGACGCAAAACAGGGUGCACUUCCUGCCGGCUUUGCUUGCGGCAGGUGCUGACCUCAACAAGCCCAAGGGUAUUCUAGAGCUGGCGGUCAGCUUCAAUAACCUCGAUGCGAUUAACUGGUUGCUCGACAACGGUGUAAGUCCAAACGACCGGAAUGCGAAGGGGAAGUCACCCCUCACAACCGCUAUCCGGGAGAACCGAAUGGAGCUUGUAGAGAUACUCCUACAGAGAGGAGCGGAUCCCCAUGCUCGUGGUGAAGACUGGCCCAUAUUCAUGGCGGUCAACAACCCCCCCAUUCUCAAAUUGCUCUUGACCGUGAUCAAAGAGCCACGGGCCUUCAAGGGGAUCGUGGAGAGAGCGGUCCACGCCGACCAGCUCGAGUCCAUCCAGCUUCUCCUGGCCGCGGGCGUCUCCGUCGAGGACAAGACCGGAGGCGUCUUCUCCCCACUCACGACGGCCAUCCGCGAGAAGCACAUGGAGAUCGUCACCUACCUCAUCGGCCCGGCCGGUGCCGAUGUCAACGCGCCCGGCGAGCACCUGCCCGUCGUCAAGGCGCUCCGCACCUUCCGGGACGGCAACACGACGGUCCUGGAGUGGUUGCUGGAGAAGGGCGCCGAUCCCAACAAGAUUUACCGGAGCUGGAACGGGGUUAUGCAGGCAGUGGAGAAUGGUAAUGAGGGCGUGUUGAGGUUACUGGCGAGGACCUGCGGUAUCGACCUGGAGGCGAAAGAUGAUAUGGGUAAUACGGUACUCGAUAUGGCGUCUUCGAGGGGGUGGGAAGAGGCGGUGCAGAUAUUGACCGAGGGUGAUCUGAAGGGGGCUCGGAAGAAAUGA